AUGACUACUUCCUUAUCACCAGAUAAAUUCAUAGGUGCUAACUUACACGUCAAAUUAAGUGACUGCAGAAUUCUUGAAGGAAUACUCACCGUCAUUGAUCCAUUCGGUAACUUACUCUUGUCGAAUGUGUAUGAAACUUCAAUUGACAAAUUAAAUGACAAACAAUUACAUGUUAGAGAAAUUGGUUUAGUCAGUGUACCUAGAGAAAGCAUUGAAAGUAUUAAAACUGACAAAAAAACGCAUACAAGUAUAUUUGGAGUGGAAGGAAAUAAUUGA